UACAGAAGCACAUAUUUCUGGCGAAAUUCUGCAUUUCUUUUUUUCACGUUUUAACCUUCAAGCUCUCUUUUCUUCAGGAAGUGUGAAUUUGUUGUUUGAAAGCUGCUGUAGCAUCACUGAGUUGUUUGUUAAGCUAACUUCCAUUUGGGGAUUUUCCAAGACUCUUUCCAAGUAUAUUUUUAUUAGUUUUACAUAAACCUUCUUCCCUUUUCCUUAUACUAAGUUUUCAGCUUUCAGUAACUUAAUUCCUAAGUUUUCUUGUUGUUUUUCCCAACAACCGAUUCCUAUUUGGAACCCAAGUGGCCUAGUAACUAGUUAGAGAAGUGAACUAUAGGGAGGACAUAUUCCAAGAGUCAUAGGUCACUUGAGACUUGAAAUUUGAACCUAGUUGCAUCUUUUUAAUUCAGGAAUUCAUUCCCAUUUGUAAUCGAUCGAAAGCAAUGGGUUGGCUUUCAAACAAGAUCAACAGGGACCAACUCAAACCUGGUGAUCAUAUCUAUUCAUGGAGGACGGGCUACCUCUAUGCCCAUCAUGGGAUAUAUGUCGGUGAGGGAAAGGUUAUCCACUUCACUCAGGCAGCUAGGCAGGAAAUUGGCACAGGAACUGUGUUAGACCGUUUCAUUUUCAGCUCAUCUCCAUCCCAUUCCUCACAGAAUCCCUGCACGAGUUGUGAUGAAUCAUUGGGGCAUGGUGGUGGUGUGAUAUCUUCUUGCCUAUAUUGUUUUUUGUCUGGUGGUGAUCUAAAUCUCUUUGAAUAUGGUGUCAGUCGAACCUUUUUUAUUGCGAAAGUCAGAGGGGGUACCUGUACCUUUGCCAAAUCUGACCCACCUGAAGAUGUCCUUCACCGUGCCCGUUACCUUGUCCAGAAUGGUUUUGGCAACUACAGUCUUUUUGGAAACAAUUGCGAAGACUUUGCAAUUUAUUGCAAAACAGAGUUGUGCGUUAGUAAGGGAAGGAGUGGGCAGGCAGCCUUGUUUUCCUCUUCUGUGAAAGGUGUUACUUUCUCUUCAGCUGCAUAUUUGGCUACUACUUUUAGUGGUCUGAGUGCUGCAACUGCUGGCAUAUAUAGUUUCAAUCGAUACAUUUGUGAUAUUGGUAUCCGCAGUGAUGCUUCAAGAGUGCCAGUAGAGAAUCUUAUCCCAGUUCCACCAGUAAGAUCUGCACCCCAGCCUAGCAGCACUCGGUUUCUGGCAUAUGAAGAACUUGAACAAGCAACAAACAACUUUGAAUCUGCAAAUAUACUUGGAGAGGGUUGUUUUGGCCAGGUUUUCAAAGGUGUUUUAACUAACGGUACAGCUGUAGCGAUUAAAAGACUUAAUAAUGGAAGGAAACAAGGUGACAAUGAGUUCUUAGUGGCGGUUGAGAUGCUUAGUAGGCUGCAUCAUCGUAAUCUUGUGAAGCUUGUCGGUUACUAUAGCAGUCGUGACUCCUCACAAAACUUACUUUGCUAUGAGCUUGUGCCAAAUGGAAACUUGGAGGCUUGGCUCCAUGGUCCCCUGGGAUUGAAUUGUCGUUUGGAUUGGGACACCAGAAUGAAGAUUGCACUUGAUGCUGCCAGAGGGCUUGCUUACCUUCACGAGGACUCACAACCUUGUGUUAUCCACAGAGAUUUUAAAGCAUCCAAUAUAUUGCUGGAGAAGGAUUUUCAUGCCAAAGUUGCUGAUUUUGGCCUGGCUAAACUGGCACCUGAAGGCACAUUUGGGUAUGUUGCUCCAGAGCACACCAUGACUGGAGACCUAUUAGUUAAAACUGAUGUUUACAGCUAUGGGGUCGUCCUUCUUGAAUUACUCAGCGGAAGAAGGCCUGUAGAUGUGUCACAGCCAUCUGGGAAGGAAAAUGUUGUCACUUGGGCAAGGUCAAUUCGUAGAGACAAGAAUCAGCUGAAAGUGCUUGCUGAUCCUAGUCUUGGCGCAAAGUUCCGAAUGGAAGAUUUUGAACGAGUUUGCUCCAUUGCAGUAGCUUGUGUUGCCUCCGAGUCAAGCCAACGACCCACAAUGGGUGAAGUGGUACAGUCACUGAUGAGUCUGUGUUAACCACUUCCACUGCCAGACCCAAUCCCAGGCAAACAUCAACGACUUUUGAAUCUGAUGUAUCAUGAUGCUCUCUUUUGUUCCUUACUCUGGUCUUAUAUGUGAUUGAUUGUACUUAUGCUUGUGUCAGAUUACUAAGAUUACAGUAAGUUGUCAUGCUUAGUUUGAAUUACAUUGUUCUGCUGGAGAUUAAAAUUUGGUUAGAUUGUACUCAUGCACCGAUUUAGUACAAUUGGUGCCAAAUCUGAAGAAAUGAGCAAGUUUUAUAUG